GUCGGCUGACAGGAAUCCAGAGCCGCAGCAGGUGGGAACAAUGCGAGCCUCCUCUAAGAAGAGUGUUUUUCUGCUGCUGGCCGUUUUCUCCCUCCUUGUUUGCUUCAUUUUCUACAGGAGCUUCAGCAGUUCACAGGCAGCAGGGGGCAGCACUGAGACUCCAGGAGAAGAUCAGGUGAGAUGGGAGGAGCCUGGAGCUGCUCAGGAGGAGCAGCAGGAGGAGACUGAGGCAGCGUGUUCCCUGAGGUCCACCAUAAGGAACGAGCCCUUCCUCUGGUGGAGGUUCAACUUCUCGCUGCCGGUCCUUCAGUGGGCUGGAAGUCUGACGCCAUCGUCCUGGAAGCAGCUGAAGAGACGACCACCUCCAUACGGCUGGAAGGGACUUCCUGCUAAAGUCCUCCGGGAAAGCCUCUCCCUCCUCAAAAGCCGCCGGCUUUUUGAGCGGGAACCACCUGGCAGGUGUGUCCGCUGCGCCGUGGUGGGAAACGGAGGAAUCCUCCGUGGAUCCAGGCAAGGAAAGAACAUCGACGGCCAUGAUUUGGUCUUCAGGAUGAACGGAGCGGUGAUCAGAGGGUUUGAAGACGAUGUGGGGACAAAGACUUCAUUCUAUGGUUUCACCACCAACACCAUGAAGAACGCCCUGAUCUGGUACCGCUCAGACGGUUUCACCAGAAUUCCUCAGAGCCCGGAGAUCAGAUACAUCUUCAUCCCAUCAGACAUCCGAGAUUACGUGAUGAUGGCGGCUGCUGUUCGGGGUCGAAGCGUUGCCUCAGGGAGAGACCAAGGAGACAGACCAUGGGAGUACUUUGGCCACAAACCACCUGGAAACUUCAAGAUGCUCCACCCCCAGUUUAUCUCCUACGUGACCCACAGUUUCCUGAUGUCUCCUCUGAUGACCAACGUCCACACUCGGGACUUGUACAUGCCGAGUACCGGGGGUCUGAUGCUGCUGACGGCCUUACACACCUGUGACCAGGUUUCUGCUUACGGCUUCAUCACCAGGAACUACGCCGAUUUCUCUGAUCAUUACUACGACUUGGUGCCGAGGCCUCUGAGGUUCUUUGCCAACCAUGACCUGCAGAUGGAGGGCAGCCUGUGGGAGGAGCUUCACAACCGGAAGGUGCUCUGGUUGUUCCAGAGAGAUUGAGGAGGAGGAAGUUGACCAAAGAGGGUGGGUCGUUUCCAACAACCCAGCUGGUGAUGGGUCAGUCCAGCAUACACCCUCCUCCACACCAUGGUACCGCCUCCUACCAUCCCAGAAGAGACGAUCAAAACCCAGACCAUGGUACUGCUUCCUUCCGUCCCAGAGGAGAUGAUCCAAACCCAGACCAUGGUACUGCUUCCUUCCAUCCCAGAGGAGAUGAUCCAAACCCAGACCAUGGUACUGCUUCCUUCCGUCCCAGAGGAGAUGAUCCAAACCCAGACCAUGGUACCACCUCCUACCGUCUCAGAAGAGACGAUCCAAAACCCAGAC